AUGAAGGAUCAUGUCGGACAUCGACUGCCUGAAUUCACAGAGGCACAGAAGGAGAAGUUGAAAAAUUCUGCUGAUUUUGUAGGAAUCAAUUACUAUAGUUCGGUAUUUGCAUUGCACGACGAAGAGCCGGAUCCUUCGCAACCAAGUUGGCAAAGUGAUUCCCUCGUGGACUGGGAACCAAGGUAUGUGGAUAAAGUCAAUGCUUAUGCUGCCACGCCUGAUGUUGCGAAAGUGGAAGUCUACGCAAAAGGUUUGAGGAGCCUACUGAAAUAUAUUAAGGAUAAAUAUGGAAAUCCUGAAAUCAUGAUCACCGAGAAUGGAUAUGGAGAGGAUCUAGGGGAACAAGACACAAGUCUUGUAAUGGCGCUCUCAGAUGAGCACAGAAGAUACUAUAUACAGAGGCAUCUCUUGAGCUUGCACGAAGCAAUUUGCGAUGAUAAAGUAAAUGUUACGGGGUAUUUUCAUUGGUCAUUGAUGGACAAUUUCGAGUGGCAAGAAGGAUACAACUCAAGAUUUGGGCUAUACUAUACCGAUUACAAAAAUAAUUUGACGCGCCACGAAAAAUUAUCAGCCCAGUGGUACUCGAGUUUCCUCCACGAUGGACUGAAAGGGUUCGAAGAUGAACACAAUGAACUGAAAGGGUUCGAAGAUGAGCACAAUGAACUAAAAGGGUUCGAAGAUGAGCACAAUGGGUUGGAAGGGUUCGAAGAUGAGCACAAUGGACUGAAAGGGUUCGAAGAUGAGCAUGAUGAGUUGUAGAGUUUUACUCUACAAAUAGACUACGAAAAUUAUAUUCACAAACUCUUUGUUUACAGUGUCUAAUGCAUUUCAAUAUUCAAGCAAAAGAUAAGUCGAUAUAUAAACAAGUAAACUUUGGAUUUGGAUACUCAUAAGUUGUAAGUUUUUUUAAUUUCUCUGUUUCUUGGGGUUUGAGUCCGAGUGUUUCAUCUGAGAUAACCUUGCAAGAAAUUCUUAUCGAA